AUGAGCAUUCAAAAGUAUCUAAGUGUGCUUAGAGAAAAGGGAAACUGCGACGAAGUGCGCAGUACUCUAUUAGAGCUAGGUGGUUUGGCCACAUGCCAGCUAACUAACAAAGAGAUUGUCAAAGAGCUUUUAGAGCUGAGUGAGUCAAGCGACUUACUAAUUUCUUUGAAAGCUCUCCAGCUGCUCACCAGAGCAUACCGCUACAUGAACCAGGGAAGUGAAGAAUACUAUAAAAUAGUUGCAGACACGAUUAAAGAAGAGCCAGACAGCAAAAAAACAGAGCAGAUUCUAAUAUUUCUGCAGCGCCUGUGCACUCUAGACUAUCAAUCUAAAAGAAUCUCAAUGAGUUUAUUUGAAGAAGACCCUAUAAAGGAAGAAAUAGCAAAGAACAAUGAGCUAAUCACUGCAAUAUUGAAUGUAUGUACAAAAAGAACGUGCAAGUACCAGGGGCUUAUGCUGCUCUGGAUGCUUACUUUUUCUAAAAAGGCAUUAGAUGCACUCAGUCUGUCUCCCAUGUUCUACAUGCUCUCCUUUAUAUCAAAAGACAGCAAAGAGAAAGAGCAGCGUGUCUCAUUGGGGAUUAUAAAGAAUUAUUUGAAGUACACAGAAAAAUACAACUAUGGGACAUUCCAGAAAAUCGAAGCACUUCUUUCUGUGAUUUCUAAUAAGGGAAACAAAGAUGAUCCAGAAGAGCAAAAUGACUUAAAGUAUUGCCGAGAGCGGUAUUUCAAGCUGUCCCAAAACAUUUCUACAUUUGACUCGUACUUGGAGGAGCUGCAGAGUGGUGAGCUGCAGCCAUAUCCGUACCACUUUAGCAUAGAGUUCUGGAAAACAAACCUGGAUACUCUUAUUCUUAAGCGGGCUGAUAUAAUCAAGUCUUUAAAACGCUUUCUAAAGUCAGAGAACCAGAAUAAUAUUUGGAUAGCAGCAAAUGACAUAUAUAGAAUAAUUGAAGUGUACCCAGAGUCAGUUGGAAUAAUACGACAGAUGGAUAUUCAUCUAGUGCUUUUUGAAAUACUUUCCUCAAAGACCAGUGAGGAUGUUCGAUUCCACGCUAUGGAGGCUUUAAGCGUGUGCUACAGUAAAGAGUGA